GGAAGCGUUUCUCCCGCCGAGCCGCGUCUCUUUCAUCCCAGUUCUCUGUCCGCGGCGGCUGCCAGCAUGCUGGACGCAGGGCCGCGGCGCCGCCAGCCGGCCGCCGACUUCGCCUCGCUGUACGAGAACCAGUGCGCGCUGCAGGACUCGGCGCCGCUGGCCGGCUUGCGAGCGUGCCUGCGGGAGGGCGAGCUGGAGGUGCUGGCCGACCGCCUGCGCCUGGCCGACUGGACGCCGCUGCUGCGGGCGCUGCAGGCCGCCCGGGACUUGCAGAGCAUCGCCGUCCGGAGCUGCUUCCAGCCGCGGCCGGGCGAGACGGGCUCUGAGAGAAAUAAAAUCUGCAGAAGUCGUGUGCCUGCAAUCCGCAGCAAAGAAGUGACCUUCCAGUUAUGCAAAGCACUUAAAUGCUGUUUGAGUGCCUCCAGUUCUCUCAGGACCCUGGAGCUGAAUGGACUAGCUCUACGAGAGAGAGAUUUAACUGUCUUAACAAAGGGAUUGAAUAAAUCAGCUACAUUGGUGCACCUGUCUCUUGCCAACUGUCCAAUUGGAGAUGGAGGUUUAGAAAUUGUUUGUCAAGGAAUAAAGAACUCUGUUACUCUUAAGACAGUGAACUUCACGGGGUGCAACCUGACAUGGCAGGGGGCAAGUCACAUGGCCAAGAUCUUAAAGUAUCAGACCAUUAGAAGGCAUGAAGAAACCUGGGCUGAGAGUCUUCGUUAUAGAAGACCUGAUCUUGACUGUAUGGCGGGCUUAAGACGCAUCACUUUGAAUUGCAACUCACUCAUUGGUGACCUUGGCGCAAGCGCUUUUGCAGAAUGUCUUAGUGAAGAUUUAUGGCUUAGAGCACUUGACCUGCAACAGUGUGGCCUCACCAAUGAGGGAGCAGAGGCUUUAUUAAAGGCCCUUGAAACCAAUAAAACGCUGGUGGUUCUGGACAUAAGAAAAAACCUUCUAAUUGAUCAUUCUGUGAUGCAAACAGUCAUCAAAAUGGUUCUUCAGAAUGGAAGGAGUGCCAAGUCAGAGUACCAAUGGAUAACUUCUCCAUCAACAAAGGAGCAAUUGAAAACUACUAGACAGAAAAAGAGAACUAUAAUUUUGGGAAGUGGCCGAAAAGGAAAAGCCACUAUACGAAUAGGAUUGGCCUCCAAGAAAUCCACAAGUAAUGGAAGAAAAUGCGCUGGAAAAGAUUAUUAUCCUGAGCCCUUACCUCCUGGUGUGUCCGGCUUCCUGCCCUGGCGCACGGCACUGCGUGCACAAAGGAAUAGGGGCUUUCCAUCAACAAAAACUCAUGAUGCAUAUACUCAGUUGCAGCAGUCGCGCUUCCCGGUGACUGUGACGUUAGAGAGCCCUUCCUCUUCAGAAGUUGAGGAGACUGACAGUUUGUCUGACGGUGUGCAAGAGGAAUCUUUGAUCACCGGUGUGAAACAAGAAGCAUUGCAGGGAAAACUGGAGGAAUGCCUAAAGCAGUUAAAAGAGGAGAGAAUAAUAAGGCUCAAGGCUGAUAAAAGAGUCAGUGAGCUUGAACAUGAAAAUGCCCAGUUAAGAAAUAUAAAUUUCUCUCUGUCUGAAGCCCUUCAUGCACAGUCAUUGACAAACAUGGUUCUGGAUGAUGAAAAGGUUUUGGGUAGCAUUGAAAGUUCUUUCCAGAAAUUUCAUGCUUUCUUGGAUCUCCUUAAAGAUGCUGGGCUUGGGCAGCUUGCAUCUAUGGCUGGGAUAGACCAGUCAGAUUUUCACAUACUGGGUCAUCCCCAGAUGAAUUCCACUCUUAGUAGUCCACCAAAAGAAGAGAAAACCAUUGAAGAAGAAAAAUCAGAAUCAAAGCAGAAUACUUUAGGAAAAAUGCAGAAUAUCCAGUUUCAGAAAAUCACAGGAGAUGCUAGAAUUCCGUUGCCUCUUGAUUCCUUCCCUGUUCCAGUUUCUACUCAGGUGGCCUUAGAGAACUGCAAAGACAGCAUGGAAUUCUCCACCAUUAAGCCACAAGAGAAAUCUUUCCAGGAAUUUAUCGCUCAAACAUAUUCUUCAGAUGUGAUUUCUGGAAGUCAAAAAAAAGAAGAGGAGUUGUCUAGACAUAGCAGUUCAUCUUCAGAAAAAAUGGCCAAAACAGGUGAACAUACCAAAAAAUCCCACUUUACUAGGAGAGAACAAGAAAAGGACCCACAUUCCUACUCCAGCUCAUCUGUUAAUAGGAAAAGCAAAGGAAUUGGACAAAAUAGUCCUUUGGUUAAUGAACCAGUUAAAAGUGAUUCUUUGAAAAAACACACUUCUGUUAAGAAAGAAAGUCGAAUAGUGACUGUUUCAACCAAAACAACUACAAAUAAACUCAAUGUAAUGGAACAAUCUUAAAGUGACACUGUUGGAUCUGAUUUUGAAUUUCAAGAAAGCAUCCAUACUCUGUCACACCUGUCAUAGAUCUAAACUGUUGAGAAUUAUGUUUUUGCCUUUGAAAUAUUAAUAAAUUUUUUAUCUUUUCAUUAUU